AUGGAGUCUUUUGAAGGACCUAGUAGGGUUAGCAAGGCUAACUUAUUAGAAGUCCCUACUGUGAAUGAUUUCUCUUCUGAAGAUGAAGAUGUUAAACCUGACAUUAAACAUCGUUUCUCUCCACUUCCCCGAAGGCGGAAUUCUGCUUCUUCAGAGGAAGAGGAGGCAGAUACCCCCACCACCAUUGCAAGAAAAGUUUCGUUUGCUGAUGCAUUUGGGUUUGAUCUUGUGUCUGUUAAAGAGUUUGAUACAUGGGAAGUUCCAAAUACAGCACAAAAUAAUGACUUAGAAGAUGAAGUGUUCCCUCAGGAGGAAUUUUUUUUGUCUCAGCUGUUUACAUUACCUGCUUCACAAGAAGAACUUUUGCAAAAAGUGCGAGAGCAGAAAGUACUGCUGGAGUCAAUUGUGUUCCUGCCUGGGAUUACCUGUAUGAACGGUAUUAUUAGAGUCCUCAAUGUAUCUUUUGAAAAGCAGGUAUAUGUUCGAAUGACACUGGAUGACUGGGUCAGUUAUUACGAUAUCCUAGCAGAAUUCAUGCCUAAUUCUUGUGGCAGUGAAACUGACCAAUUCUGCUUUAAGAUUUCUUUAGUGCCUCCUUAUCAGAGAGAUGGAGCCAAAGUGGAGUUCUGUAUACGAUAUGAGACAUCAAUUGGUACUUUCUGGGCAAACAACAAUGACAAAAACUACACUCUGAUUUGUCACAAGAAAGAAAAUGUGUCCAAGCUGGAUAAUAAACCACACAGAGAAGCUACUGAUAGACAUCUUAAAGGCUGCUUAAAGACAACACCAAGCAGCAAAGAAGAAAUAUUGGCAACAUCUGAUGAUGACACAUGGAAUAAUUCAAGGACUUCAGACAUAAACAUCCCAGAGAUUGUUUAUUCACAAGCAGAAGACAAAGAGACUGAACCAGCUAAUGAAAAUAUAAAAGAUAAAAAUGCAGAAUACAACCAGGGUGAUCACGAAGAUGAUGAAAAAGAAUUAGAGUUGCUGCUAAAUCAGCACUUCACAGGAGCUAAAGGUACCUCUACCAGAGAUGAAAGGAAUUUAGACACAACAGAACCAGUUAAUUUUCCAAGUGAAACUGAAAGAUUGGAGAGAAAGCUAACCUGUAGAGAAAGAAGCAGUGACUUGCUGAGGCACCCUGUGCCUAUCGGUUCCUCAUCUGAAAAUACUUCACAAGAGAUAGGAAAAGAAUUAAAAGACAAUGCCAAGUAUUCCAUAAGAGAUUAUAAUAGUCAGCCAUUAGGAAAGGAAGUCACUGCUGGCUCGGCAAACAGCAGCAAGCAGUCUUGGGAUCAUACUGGUACCAGUGAUACCCUUUCAUCAGCAAAAUAUUUUCCUGGAACAAAGCAGAAUGAGGCUAUUGAUAUUGUGGCUACUAUCUCAAGCCGACAACGAAAGAGCCACACAGAUAUUUCAAGAGGUGAAACAGAUAGUGCCUCAGGAAGUAGGAUGAUGGAGAGGUUAUUCAUCAGUGAGGAUGCUGCUGAUACCUCGAAAGAGGCCUGUGAAAUGAGACCAGAAACCAUUUCCUCAGUGCAUGAUGAAUCCAUGCAAUUAAAUACGUGCCUAAUAGAAACGCUGGACGGCAAUGCUAAUCCAGCUCCAGAGCACCAGGCGCCGCAAACGACUCACCAAACUCUGGAUUCAUUGUUGUCAGCCACUGACAAAAAUGAAGGAAAAGUCAAGAUGAUUGAAAGCAAAGUUCGGGUACAUUUAAAAGGAGAUUUAUAUGCCGACACUUCUGCAAAUGCUGAUGUCUCAAUAGAUUCCACAAAAAGCCAAUACACACACACAAAAGGAGCUGGUGAAAUGUCAGAAAAGAACUAUAGCACAGAUACAGAGAAGGAGAAGAAAGUCAUCGAAGUAGCAGACUUAGCACUAAUUGGAGAGGAGGAAGCACCCAAAUUUUUCAAAUCACAGAGAAAACAUACUACUAAAACCUUCAACACAUUGUCCCUGCCUGCCGAAGACAACAAGCAUGCACCCGGGCCUGAGCAAGCAGAUCCCAGGGCUUGCUCCCCGGGGGAUGAAAGCAGAGCUGAAGACACUCAGGAACACAGAGGAUUCACAAGGUUAAAAGACAGAGGAAAGUCAGACAACAGAAAUAAGGGAAGACUGAUAGGGAAGGAAAGUGAAGCAAAUGCCACAGAACAGGCAUGGAAACGAGCAGAUAGUGGGGUUCGGUGGGAAGCGGUGGGUGAUGCAAGGUCUCAGAGUACGGCUUACACAAAAAAGCUGUUUACCUGCCAAGAGACAGAGAGUUGUGAAAAGUCUCCUGUCUCUGAGCAUGGUAUUACAGGGAAAGCAGAGGCAGGUACAGCUUAUAUAAUUAAAACAACAUCAGAAAGUGCUCCAGAAAAAAUGUCUGCCAGUGAAAAAGCAGUAAUUGCUAAGCUACCUCAAGAGACUGCACUAAGUGACAGGCCCACAGAGGAAAAGGAAACAGCGUUUGAUACACAUGAAGGGAGAAAUGAUGGUUCACAUUAUGCUCUUUGUCAACUCAACACAGUGGGUGUAUUAUAUGACACCGAAUUUGAAAAGGAAUCAGUUUUAGAUAUUUAUAAUGCACGCGUACAUGAAACACUGCAAAGAGAAAUGAUGUCUGUAUGCAAUAGCAGGGAAAAACGUGCCAAAGCAAAAUCAGACAUUGGCAAUAUUCUACCUGUAGGAGAAGCCAUAAAGGCUUCUGCUAUGGGAAAGAAAGAUGGCUUGGGGCAGGGUUUAUAUUCAGAAGAAGUAUCUAAAUGUUUCUUGAGCACCCAAAAGCACCUAUAUGGUGAGGAAGUGGAAGAGCUCUGUAGGGAAGAAAGCUACCUUGGAACACCUUCCUCUCUGCAUGCUAAAGCUGAAACAAAAAUGUCACCCUCUGGUACAAACACUAUGCCCAAUUACCACUAUAAAAGCUCUUCAGUGGCAUCUUCUGAAGGGUCCACUGUGGCAGGAGACAAGGACCAUCCAUAUAUUCACUCUGAUUUCAAAGUCAUUGAAAAGGUUUUUGCUGAGUCAGGAUGUGAUUUAAGUCUACCAAAUGAAAUGACAUGUAUUAACAAAAACCUCUCUCCUGAAGCUGGAAGAAAAGAAGUACCUUCCUCUUCAGACACAGCCAUUUCUAGGGAAGAAAGAGGGAAGAAUAUAGGUCAAUGUUUCCAUCAAGCAGAAUUCAAACAAGAGAAGUCAUUGAGGCCAGAAAUUUCAAUUAGUGAGCCUACCGAAGAAGUUGGCAGGAAGGGCUCUGAUUCUGACCGUUUAAUAACUGAGGGGAAAACACUAAAUUGGCUUGAUGACUCACAGAAUGAAAAGCAGCAUAUUUCUCAUUCUGCAGAUAUUUCUGACCAGAAAAGUGAAGCACAUAUGCUGCCUAGUGAAUCUCCAGGUUUAAAACAUAUUGGUUGCAAAAUCUUUUAUUUCUUCUUCUUUCUUGUGUUUGCUGCAACGCUCUAUCACUAUGAUUUGAUGGUUUGUCUUGCACUCUACCUGUUCUCCUUGUAUUGGUUAUACUGGGAAGGAGGAAGAAGCAAGGAGUCUGUCAAGAAGGAAUAACAUUCUUUGAUUGUCAGCUGUGCUCAGGAUCCAUGGUCAAUAGUCUCCAACUCCUCCAAAACAUUUUCACUAUUAAAGAGCUUAUUCAUUGUUAGAACCAAAGCAAGGUUUCCACUGAAGCAUCUUUUUAAAAAGAUUACAUAUGAAGUUGAGCCUUCAUAUAAGUAAUUAUACUAUAUAG